AUUGCGGGUCAUUGAAACAAGGUUUGUUCGUCUCAUGUCAGGAUUUUGUUAUCCACGUUGUUCGAGAUCUCCGUUUCCGCUCAGUGUCCAUGGCAAGCAUGCCUGAGACUAUAAAGCCCUCUCGUUUGAAUGGCGGGUUUUAAUCACUAUCUCAGAUCCCACCCAAAAUGGCGCACUAUUCCAAUUCACCUGCUGUCCACAACGGACCUCCGACACAUCCUGCAUUGCAUGUCCGGGAUGCCAAAGAUGCGCACGUUGUCCUCGAGGCCGUGCGCCUCAAUAUGUUACCGCUGAUCAAGCGGCGACUUACUGCUACAGAAAGAGAGCAGUUAUCCUCUGGAAACGUCUUCGUCUGGGAAGAGGCCGAGAACGAUGGAGGACUCCUACGGUGGACAGACGGGCGCAGAUGGUCGCAAAGUCGGAUGCGUGGUGACUACCUAUUCUACGAGGAGAAGAUGGAGACAACUCAGGAAGAGAAAGAUGCUAAAGCUGCUCUAAGAGCGCUUCGUACUUCCGAUCCACUCGCCGUGGCUCCUCCGACAAACAGACGGAAGGACCGCCCAAAUCGUCCAAAUGGUCUGACGAAACAAACUUAUUCCGCAUUAGUCUACCUUCCGGGCUCAAGUCUCCCGCGUAAAUGGCAUGUCGUUGCAUACUUUACAGGGGAUGACUAUGUUCGACUUCCUGUCAUCGAGAGUUACGACUACCUUCGAAAUUUGAGGGUUCCGGGUGGCGUUUUUGUCUCUAGCAAAGCCAAUGGAUCUCGUACCGAUCGUUUCUCUUACACCGCUGAUGGAAUGGAGCCAUACAAUUCGGCAGGUCAUGCACGUGGUGCACCAAGUCAAUAUUCUGUGCUGCAAGGAACCCCCCGACGCCCUAUGUCUUCCGCUUCCUCGUCAUCAUCAAUCCCUUUAUCUCCUCCACAACAUCAUGCAAGACCUCUGCCGUCAUCAGGCGUUGCCAUGCGACCUGGAUAUGCAGAGACAUCCCUACCCAGCAUUUCGAUUCUGACCGGUCUACGUAAUACCCCAGAAUUUCGACAACCUCAUUCCUCACAAUCUAUGCAGCUCGGUCAUCCCUCUCCAACGAGCUACAGCCCCUUAUCCGCAGAGGACAGACGAGUACUCAAUAGCUUCAAAGUCGUGCUAUAACACUUCCCCCCGUCCUGGACGUUAUAUAUGUCUUGGAUUGGUUUAUUUAAACCUCAGACGUUGGAGGCGUCCUGCGUUCAUUUUAUUAUACCUUGGUAACCGCCAGUAUUUUUCUGACUUAUCUUUUAAUGUGUAACAAAUACUCUUCCCGACCAUGCAAAUUUCCCGGCCGGCGUGACUGACAAGGCAUCGUAAAGAACGUAUCAGGUCUUAUAUGGCGCUCAGUCCUCGGACAAGUUCUAAAUGCCAGAACAAACGUCAUGGAGAUUUCAUUUCCGUG